CCCGCCAUCGAUUUUUCGUGGAAGGCGCCCAGAAAGAACGGUGAUGGACUGCGGGGCCGCAACCCCCCGACCGCAGCAGCCGGCACGGGGGAGCUGAGAUGGAUCCGUCGGGAAAGGGUUGUUGCUUCGUCGCGGUUGUGGCUGUCGGAGCCGGGGCUGGGCUAGAAAAAGCAAGCGGAAGCCAUCAAGGUGGAGGAGAGGAAGCGAGGAAGAAGAAGAAGAAGAAGGGCCGAAGGACUCUGGCGAAGCAGCCAUUAGGAAAGUGCUGAUGCAGAGGUUCACUUGUGUCUACGGGCAGAGUUGGAGUAGUUGCUGUUCGCGGACAAAGGCGGUAGGAGGGAGUGGAGCUUUGUAGAAGCCGGAGCCUGUCUCACUGGGUGUCUGUGUUUCAUUCCCUGUCAAAAGGCUGGGAGCUGGGGGAAAAAAAGCAGGGAAGCGGCGAGCUGCAGCGCUCGCUCAGGAUCAGAUAGCAAGAAAACCAAUAGCAGAGAGAAAAAAAAAAAAAAAAGAAAACCAACCCACAUCAACCAACCAACCCACCCACCCUCCACGCUGAGGCUGAAACAGGCAGGUCCCUGCCAACUCCACAGCACGCAGCGAGCAGGGAAGAAGUCCACCCUCCCCGGGCAGGAGCGGAGUUGAGCCCGAAGGAUAUUUGAUGACACUUUGGCGACGAUGGGUCCCCCAGCAUCUUCCAGAGCCCAUUUGAGGGUGAAGGCUCUGAAAGCGCAGAGGGAGUUUGAAGCUAAAUUCACCUGAGUCUGGAUCUCUUGGUCGCUGGGAUUUAUCUUUUUUUUUUUUUUUUUUUUUCUUCUCCAGGGGGUGGCAGGGGGAAACCGAACCAAGAAAAAAACGUGGUGGUUUUUUAUUUUUUUUAAUCUCCCUCUUUUUUUUUUUUUUUAAUUUAAUUUUUUCUUUUGGAAGAAGAUUUUUUUUUUUCCCCUGUGGUUGGAAUGGAGGGGUUGGGUCUGUGCCUAAGAAGCAGCAGCCGAACGUCGGUCCUGGGAGAAACCCGAGUGGAUCUGGGGUCCCCCGCCAGCUAACUCUCCAGGACCCGCAGCCCCACGGCCGGGGGGGCUGGAUGCAGUGAGAGAGCCUCUCACGGGAUCCACGUGGUGACGUGGCAACCAAGACGUGGAAGCUUGGGACUUCUCUUCCACCGCAACAGAAUUUGGGGGGUGGGCAGGGGUGGGCCAGGGGGACGUCAGGAGUCGCAAGACCCUUCACCUUCACUGUGGGCUUGGCUCAGGGAUGACUGCAGGCAGAGUCAACCCUUACAGCAUCGUGUCCUCCGAGGAAGACGGGCUGAGGUUGACCACCAUGCCAGGUAUCAACGGCUUUGGCAAUGGGAAAAUCCACACCAGGAGGAAAUGCAGGAACAGGUUUGUAAAGAAGAACGGUCAGUGCAACGUGGAGUUCACCAACAUGGAUGACAAGCCGCAGAGGUACAUUGCAGACAUGUUCACCACGUGCGUUGACAUCCGCUGGAGGUAUAUGCUCUUGCUCUUUUCCCUGGCAUUUCUGGUGUCCUGGUUAUUGUUUGGGCUGAUUUUCUGGCUAAUUGCACUCAUUCACGGAGAUCUAGAAAACCCGGGUGGAGACGAUACCUUCAAGCCUUGCGUUCUGCAGGUCAAUGGCUUUGUGGCUGCUUUUCUUUUCUCCAUUGAGACCCAAACGACUAUUGGUUACGGCUUCCGCUGCGUGACGGAGGAGUGCCCGCUCGCGGUCUUCAUGGUGGUGGUUCAGUCCAUCGUGGGGUGUAUAAUUGACUCUUUCAUGAUUGGUGCAAUAAUGGCAAAGAUGGCCAGGCCCAAAAAACGGGCCCAGACAUUACUUUUCAGCCAUAAUGCAGUAGUGGCAAUGAGAGAUGGAAAACUCUGCCUGAUGUGGAGAGUUGGGAACCUCCGGAAAAGCCACAUAGUAGAAGCCCACGUACGAGCUCAGCUAAUUAAGCCCAGGAUCACAGAAGAAGGGGAGUACAUACCUCUCGACCAAAUAGACAUCGACGUGGGGUUUGAUAAAGGCUUGGACCGUAUCUUCUUGGUGUCCCCCAUCACCAUUCUCCACGAGAUCAACGAAGACAGCCCCUUGUUCGGGAUCAGCCGCCAGGACUUGGAGACAGACGACUUUGAGAUCGUGGUCAUCCUGGAAGGCAUGGUAGAAGCCACCGCUAUGACAACGCAAGCUCGGAGCUCCUACCUGGCCAGCGAGAUCCUCUGGGGCCACCGCUUCGAGCCCGUCUUGUUCGAGGAGAAAAACCAGUACAAAGUAGACUAUUCCCACUUCCACAAAACCUACGAGGUCCCGUCCACCCCCCGUUGCAGCGCCAAGGACUUGGUGGAGAACAAAUUUCUGCUGCCCAGUACCAACUCCUUCUGCUACGAGAACGAGCUGGCCUUUAUGAGCCGCGAUGAGGAAGAGGAAGAUGAUGACAGCCGGGGUUUGGAGGACCUGAGCCCGGACAACAGGCACGAGUUCGAUAGGCUUCAAGCCACAAUAGCGUUGGAUCAGCGGUCUUACAGGAGGGAGUCGGAAAUAUGACUCUUGGUCCUUCCACUGACUUUUCUGAGGGUAUUUUUUUUCCUCCUCUAAUCUCUUCCCCUACAACCCGCUCAAAUUAUGCAGAACAAUGCAAGUGCCAUAGGAAUGCUUGAGAAAUUAGUAUCGUUCAUAGUUUUCAGUUUCAUCGCAAUAACCACUGAGCGGUCUGCAGGAGGGGAUGGUGGCAGGCCACGGCGCGCCUUCCGCGCCCGGCACAUGCAGCGGGGCCACCAGCUCUUGGGGGACGGACGGACGGACAGACGGACGGACGGAUGGAGAGAGGAGGGUCCGUGGGGCGCGGGCAGGCGCUCGCCCCGUGCGGCCCUGCAGGGCUUUGCUCUCCCCGCGGGGAAAACGCCAGCGUUUUCUUGGAGCCGAGCACUGCGAGAUCCAAAAAGAGGAAAUAUCAGGAAACAAAUCUUUCUCUCUCUCUCUUUCUUUUUUUUUUUUUUUCCUUUUUUUUUUUAACUGAGCAGCAACAACAAAAAAAAUUGCUCCUUCCGGCAGGUGGUCUGGGUCAGUUGCACAAGAACAACACUUGAAAUAACAUGCAACAUUAACGUACUUCUUUUUAAUUUGGGAAAAAGCGGGGGGGAGGGAGGCGAGAGGGUUUUUAAUUUUUUCACCGUACCGUUUGGGAGACUGUUUACCAAAAUAAUAAUAAUAAUAACAAUAAUAAUAAUAAUAAUAAUAAUAUUAAAUCUGAAAGAAGUGAUUCAGUAUUUUUUAAAAGUGAACAAGGGAAUGAAUAAGCCACCGGGGUCCUUUGAGGGGGUGACUUGCUGGGUAGAUGCAAGAGCUAGAAGUCAAGACUGCAUCCAGUUUUGGGGUGGGUUUUUUUUUUUUCCACUGGCAUGGCUUCGUAGGCAGAAAACAGACGUAAGUGGCUGGAGGUCUGUGGCAGUGAAACCAAGUAGCAUAAUUACUGGCAAAGCAGCUAAUGAGGAAAAGCUAGACUGUGAUAGAAAGAAGCAUUGUAAACAUAGUAAUUAGCCAAUUUCUGGAAAUAUUGAUCUUCAGGGUAGAAAUGGGGUCUGGGGCAUCAGCUGCUGAAGUGCUGGGUCUCCCCCAACAUCUCCGAUGGGGAAUUCAUAAGUUUCACCGCAACUGGGACAAAAUAGUGAAAAGCACAAAAAGGAGAGUGGAAAGCUCUCAAAUUUGGGUAUUUUCCCACUUUUCCAACCAAUUUGGUAUUUUCUCCCUUGAAAAAUCAUUUCAAAUGUGGAAAUCAAUGUGAAAGUCAUCUUGUUGGGUUGCACUUCUUCUAGCACAGGAGCCGUCUCUGUGCCAAGCUCGGAUUUAUGAAUUCCCCGUUCACCGGCGAGUCCUGCUUCAGAGGCAGAUGCUUUUCCGAAAACAACAGAUGCCAGUCGAGAAAACCACCCCGUCUUGUGCUUCAACCCGUCCCCACGUCCCAGCCUCAAGGUGUAUUGUGCCUUAGAGAUGCAAACUCAUCCCGUGCCCCAGCCCUCCUCCACGGCACCCCGCUUGCAUCCCCCCCCACCGGCGUGACAUCCCCUUUGCUCUGCCCCCAUGGAAGCGCCCGCAUCCCACCGUCCGCUGCGUUUUAGGCUGCCCUUGACGGCACGCUGGUUUAGCUUUUGCUACGGCGUGAAGCAAACCACCCCGUGCAUGGGAAGCCUUUGUUCCUGCCCCGCUCCCUGCCUUUGCACAGAGGGAAGGAGCCGGGAAGACACGGCUUGCGGGUCCCUUCAUCCCGGCUGUGCUGCUCAUUGGUGCUCUGGGAACCAAAAUUUGGCUCCCUGUUCCCCGUGGCCGUGGGAAAGGCUUCGGUACCCACAGGCGUCCCGCACCCAACCCUGGGAGCGGAGCCCCGGCAGCACCUGGCCUCGGGGAGAAGGGGUUGAAAGCGGGAUCCCCGGCAGUGUUUCGGCUGUGACGGGCUCCCGGUGCUUUUCUCCCCCCCCGCCCACAUCAGGGAAGCCGUGUCCCGGGGUUACAACUUGCAUGUCCAAACAUUGGUAGCAGAGGCAGAAUUUGGCCUGUGUCCCCAUCUCCUUCUUGCAAAGGGCUCUGGGGAGCAGCUGCCCCCGUGCCCCCCCCCCCGCUGCCCUGUGCCUCCGAGCGUCACGUCUCACCGGCCGGCCACGGGAUGGGGACCGGGACUUCAUCCCCGCAGAGUUUCUUCCCACCUUGUUCCCACCAGCAUCCAUCACCGCCACGCCAUGCUGCCCGCCAAGGGGCUGCUCUGCUUUUGGCUUCCCCUAAAAACCAGCCACUGGGAGAAAAGAGCCCCGGGGGCAGCGCCGGGAUGGGGCCAGCCGUUUUGGCACCGAGUGCCCCAAACGGGCUGGCCCCAAAAGCAGGGACACAUAGGGAUGUGACAUAGAGCUCCGGCCACGACAUAUGUAUUUCUAAGGCGGUGAACACAGAUGCCAUCCCAUCGCCAGUCCCUUUGCUCCCGGGGGGGGAUGGUUUUGCCACUCGCUUUUUGCCCCAUAGCAUCUGGGGGGGAGGGUGGGAAGGAUGGGGGGGGGGUAGAGAGAUUUUGUGCGCGCACUACUUAUUUAUUUUUUUAAAAAAAUGCUUUUAAGUGGUUUAGGUUCUUUUGAAUAAAUAAUAAUUAUAAAAAAAAGGUGCACAUCUUGCUGCUGUAGGGUUCUCAGAGGGUUAAUUUCUUUAUAAAUAUAUAUAUAUAUCACAGUAAAUAUUUGUAUAAAAAUGAAAGAGAAAUAGAGAUGUCUUUAAGUAAAUUAUUGCUUUUAAAGAAACUUCUAUGAUUGUACAGUGUUACCUGGGAGAAUAGAAUAAUAUAUACAGAUGUAUUUUUAAACUGCUGUGUAGGAGGUUGUGAACUGGGCUGGGGAGCGCCCGCGGCCGGCACAGCAAGGGGGGGUUCGGACCCUCCCCGGCCCCCGUUCACGCACCCCCUUCCCCGAACCCCGCUAGUGAGGAUCUAGCUCUGGCGAGUUGUCAUAUAUAUACAUCAUAUAGUCCUCGUCCUGGCCAUGGACCACGCCGGUACAUAGUGUAUAAAUAUUAUUUUUGCCUACGUGUGAGUGCUCUGAGCUACUGGUCUUUUUUCCUACCAUCAGGGAGCAUUGGGAAGGCUGCCCAGCAGUAGUUUUGAUCCCAUGAAUUAUCAAAGAAAAGGGGGAAAAAAAGAAAAAAAAAGGUGAAAAAAGCCAAAAAGUGGUGUUUGUUUGGCACUCAGGUUCCCCGGAGAGGCUGGAAAGGCACAGGGAUGCUCUCGGGAUGCAAGUUUUGGUGUCGAUCACAGCAGGGAUGGAGCGAGAUCCCAUCGGGAAGGGGCUCAGAGCCGUGCGAGGGGACACGUUCCCCCCCAAAACAGCUGCCGGCCAUUUCCUCCGAGCCGAAGCCGCUCCAUCCAUGGAGUUAACUCCGGCAUUACACUUGAUCUUUGGAGGAUGGCAAGAGUCCGAGAAAGGAAAGAGCCGCUAAUCUUCUUGGCCAGCAUCCCGUAGGGAUUGCCCUCGGCCGGGGCGCAGGGCAGCCUCCGGCAGCAGCAGCCACCCUGGCUGGGGACCGGGGGCCGGACCCGCUGCUGCUCCCACUCGGCUUCACCCCAAAAAGAUUCACGGGUGAGAGCAGAAAGCGGCCGCAGCCCUGCACCCCAAAACCACCGGCUGGGAAGAGCAUCCCGUGGCCCCGACAGGCGCGCGGUGGCCCCGCUCGGCCGGGCGGUGGGUCCCCGGGGCUGGGAGCCGUCGGGACGAGCCUUAGAUUCUCAUAACCGAAUUUAGUGCACUUAGUCUUUUAGGGCUGGGACAAUCACUUAGCGCUUAACCUUUUGCGAUUCGGUGCCUGCUUGACCUUCAAACCUUUUGUAGGAGAUGAAUUCAGAGCCACCUUUUCUAUCUUUAAUAAGGCAGAACAAAUACGUUUAUUUUUAAACCCUCCUGCUCUUUCCUUUUCCUCUCGUGCUGACAACCAAAAGAGUCCCCUGUGUGCGUGUUCCCCCCCCCCGCCAUUUCUUGCACACCGAAACGAGUGUGUGGCUGCUGGGUCCGGCGCUCCGGCUGGAUCCUGCUCUCCCACCGCCCCCAAUUCAGGAAUGCUGCCAUGGGGGGGGUUGGCGCAGGGCAGGGUCCGGCCGCGUUAUGAGCAGGGAGGGGACGUGGGACGGUGCCCGACCCGAUGCCACCCAUCACCUCGCUGAGCCCCGGUGCCCGCCAGCUGUGCACAUCUGUCCUGCUGCCCCCUCCCGGGGGCACCGUCUUUCACCCAUUCCCCCCC